AUGGCGGUCUUCCUGGCUUCAUCGCUGAAUGGCACAUUGCUUGUGGUUGCAUCGCUGGCGCUGGCUUCACAUCGUAGAGUAACAUCUGCUCUGUGCCUCUUCCUUGUUCUUUCCGCCUCCUCCUCCACGAGCUUCGCAUACGAAAGACAUAAUGUUCCCAAAGCAAAUGAGCAUAGUCUAGAGGCAUUGAACUACAAAAUAGGGAUUUGGGCUGGUUUGCAAGUGCUUUGGUUCAAUUGUAAGAUAGUUUGCGUGGCUUACAAAGUACUCUAUAGAUUCAUCAAUAAUGGAAGGAAGCUGCUUGCACUAUUUAGGAAGAAUCAUUUGGGGUUUCCUUGA